AAACGACAACAAAGGCCACAUAAAUCAAAGGGAAUGGGGAAAGAUCGGUGACCCCGCCGUUGCGGAAGGCGCAUGAAGUCGACCUCGCUUGUUUGAUUGUGUGUAAUCGAAAGAUUUUCAAUGUAGCUCUACUUUCCCCUUCCAUCGCGCCCGUUUUCCUUCUCGGGCUUUGCCAAUUGCAACGCCCGUUCAGCCCUCAUCUUUCCCUAAAUGAUCGUCGGUGCAAUGGGGCAUAUGCGUGCUCGGUUUGAUGACCUCAAUGUUCAAUCGCUUGAAGAGCAAUGUCACUGGGCAGUCCAGGCUGCGUGGUUUACAUUGAUGCCUCUUUUUUGUGUUGUUUUCUUCUUUUUUUUUUUUGGCAAACCUCGUGGCGUACUUCGUACUGAGGGCUCCGUGCUUUAUUUGGCGAGGGCAAUCGGACCAGCCCGUGCGGAAAUCAUAGUCCCUUGUUUUGGGUGUGUGCGCGCAUAUGUCUGUUUCCGUUGCAUAGUUCUCUGCAAAAGAUUUAUUUCACCCUGUGUUCUUUUUCGCUUAUUGGUAUAUUGUUUUCUUUUCGCAAAUUCUGUCCGUCUUCUUGGGCCUGGUCAUCAGUUUUUUAUUUUUACCCGAUAGGGGCGGCGAGCCUGGGAGUUUGUUGAGCCUAUGACCGCCUCCCGCCAUCGUUAUUGCAGGGACUGGAGAUUGCGCAUUGAGGGUCAUUCUCUGGCGCCAGGUAGGGGGUUGCAACUCAUGAACCCAUCAAUGAGAGGAAGCA